AUGGCUAUGACGAUUCCGUCCAGUUCUCGCAUCUUUCAACAAAUCGAAGAUAUACAAAUUCGAAUUUCACAGUGCGAGCAAGAAUUAAAGUCCCACAAGUCACCACGAUUCGAGUAUGAGGAGAGACUGACCGAUGUCAACACCCGCAUUGAUGAGGCUUGGGAACGUCUGUUUUCAGGUCAAAGCCCGAUCGAUCGUUCCGAGCUCCAGAGCAAGAUUCUGAAUUAUGGCCUCUACCUUGCUUUCAAAUCCGACGCCUGGUCGCCAGUACUUCUCUUGCCCACAGACAAUUUGCACGAUGUUGGCCUUCCAAUUACAAUCGAGGCAUUGGGUCUGACGAAAAACGUCCCGCACUGUUAUGAGUACGACCGGGAAGAGAAAAGCUUUCGAUGGCGAAAGGAGUACGAGGGUGGCGGACGUCUUUUCGCAGAGCGGCAAUACCCCAUCAUAUUUUUUGAUUGCUUGGAUUUUCCGGAGAGAAGCUCAGUCGGCUGGGUCGCUGCCAGAGACCUCCGAAGCUUCGACUUAAUGGAUGCCAAUAUUGACAAGCGCAUCAAACACGUCGGGCAGGUUCGCCAGUUUGUCAAUGAGCGGGAAAAGUCACGAGCAAAGGAUAAGGAUGAUGCAUCUGCCUCUCAACGAGCAAGGUCUGUUGAUGCUGCGGAGAUCAAUCUCAGUCAGGUGAAAUCGGAUUAUGCGCGGCCAAAAGGACCCGAAGACUUGGGUGCGAUCCCAAUCGAGAAACAGCGAGCUGCCCCCAAUCUGAGCAGGAUCGCGAUGGCGACCGCCCCAAGGAGGACUUCGGUCUUGCACCUCAUUCGAAGGCUCCCAUAUCAACUAUGGGUUCGACCUCAGGAUCUGUAA